UUGCGGAGCUGUAGCUUGUAGUGUGAUGAUAUGGUGUUGUCUUCCUGUGCGAAUUGAUACUGUAAUAUUAUAAUCGGACUUCUGAGAAGGGCAAAACAAAAAAGUGCUUAUCCGUGCGGUUAAUAAUCCAGAAUAGUAAACGAUAUAUAUUAUCAGAUAAUUUUUGAUUAUUGGGGAGAAAAUUGAUCUGUUCGUUACUUGACAAUGUCGAAACCCAAAUUGCAGGUAUCUCCGGAUCAAGGAUACGAGGGCACACCGUGUAACGAUCCCGGCAUAAUUCCAAGUUGGAUGCACAAAAGAACGGAUCACAUUGACGCAACACCCCCUGGCCCUAGCGAUGAAAAUGAAAAAGAGCAGACUGUCGUUGGAACCCCGAGUGGAAUAACAGCUGUGAUGCCAGUUAGCCGAGAGUCAGAACAGUAUAAUAUGAGCCAUGCCAAGAAGGGAACAUGCCUAAUAUUCAACCAUGAGAAAUUUGCAGAAAAAUCCUACUACCGGGAAGGAUCCAGCAUUGAUGCCAAGCGGAUCGAAGCCACUUUCACUAAAUUAGGCUUCAACGUUGUUAUUCGUGACAAUCUUAAGCACAGUGACGUACUCGAUGAGAUAAAUAAAUUAACUUACGUAGACCAUACCAACAACGAUUGCGUAUGCGUAUUUUUACUGACGCAUGGGAGGAAAGAUAAUGAAGUUAUGGCAUUCGACGGUGACUUCUACUCGGUUGACGAAAUUUGGAAACCCUUUAUCGCCGGUGUUUGUCCAACGUUGGCAGGAAAACCGAAAUUAUUUUUUUAUCAGGCUUGUAGAGGGGUCAAAUUGGUGGGCGAUGUUCCGCUAACGUCGCCGACCAGUAAUACCGGGACGGAUUCUGCAGUUGCCUCGUAUACAAUUCCUACAGAUCCCGAUUUUCUGAUUGCUCGCAAUUCCGUAGACGGAGUCAGUUCGUGGCGUAAUCCUGAGGAGGGGACGUGGUACAUUCAGUGUUUGUGCUCCGUCCUGGAUGAGUUUGCAGAGACGACUGAUCUGAUGAGGAUGCUGACGAUAACCGCGCGAAAAGUAGCAACUGAAUUCCAAACUCGCGACUCUAUGAAUGUGCAGAAAAACGAGCAGAAACAAGUUCCGUCGACAACGACGACGUUGACAAAAGAAUUAUAUUUUAAACGGAAUAAUGACGCAAAGCUUCCAUCAAUUAAGGGGGGGGGAAACGGGUUUAUGAGGUUGAAAUUUUGCUGUUCUUCAUGAUUUUUUUUAACCAGGAAGGAAUAAUCACAAAAUGUUUAAACUUGAAGGAUAUUUUAUUUAUGUUUUAAAGUACACUAAAAUUUUUUCAAACGAUUUCCACCGGAAAUAGUGGAGUUACCACGUGCAGUCCAUGGGCGAUUGCCAUCCGAGCAUUUGGCUUGCGUACAUCCCUGACGUCGCAAUUUUUAUCUGUAAUCAUCAGGAUUUUUUAUUUUCGUUAAAAACAUAUUUUCUAAGA